UUGAUGGACGCAUAUAAUUCGCGCUGCUUCUAUAUACCAAAGAAAAAUUAAAAAGUCAUUUUCAAUCGCCUAAAACUCCUUGUUAUGGUCUUCGUUUGUUUUCCAAUUUGUUUAACCCCGAUUCCGCCGCUCGUUGUGUGUUUGUGUCGAAAGGAAUAAUUAAGUGAAACGGCAACCAACCAAUAUUAUAUAGUAUACAAAAGUGCUUCUCUAUUUGGCGCCUAAAAACAGAAGGAUACUCGUGGCUUCAAUCAUCAGCUCUAGAAGGAAAUUAACACCAGGAACUGGACCAAUUUUUGACCGAAAAACGAAAUCGAACACAACAAUCAACUCUACUCACCGACCUUUCUAGUCUUCUACAUACCCGUUUACACUCGAAGAACCUUUUUGUAACGACCACUUUUGGACAAACAUAUCGCUAGGGAAGGACCCGAGAAAGCGGUGGCUCAACCCCGGACCCAUCCUCCCAAUCCUGCACCAUAAAGACAGGAUCAGCCAAACACCCCAGGAUCACCCAGAAAUACCCAGAAAACCGGAACGUGCCACGUGGCAAAGAAUCCAAGACGGCGCCACUUAAACCACAAGCCUACAAAAUUGGCCGAAUGUUAUGUUGUGGCUUCUGUUGUGGCAAUAUGUCGAAGCGCGAUUACAAAGUGGCCACCACCGAUGGCAUAGAGCUGGAGCCCUUGGGCGGCGAAAAGUGCGAGAAGGAUAAGGACAAGGACAAGGAGAAGCAGACGAAUGGCGUCACUUUCGGUGGCGAAUCGAGUGGCGGGCGGCAGACGCGCACCGGAGUCGCCGUCUGCUCACAGCGCCGGGCUCUACUUGUGGCCGGAAUCGUGCUCGGCUCGCUGCUGCUGACGGCCAUCAUCAUCGCCUACGCCGGACCGCAGAACGACUGCUCCUGUGGAUCGAAAACGGUGUCCGGCUACGAAACGGAUGAAGAGAACAACACGCAGCCCUUCAACCCGAUUGCCACCAAUGGGGAGCCUUUUCCGUGGCUGGAGAAGAUGUUGCCGACAAGUGCGCGACCCCUGCGCUACAUGGUCACCAUCCAUCCAAACCUUACGACACUGGAUGUUAAAGGCCAAGUCACCAUCGAUUUGCACGUGGAGAAGGAGACAAACUUCAUUGUGCUGCACAUCCAGGACCUCAACGUCACCGAGAAGGCUAUCGUCACUCCGGGGCCGAAGGGCUACGCCCUCAAGAUUGUCAAGGUGCUGGAGUUUCCGCCCCGCCAACAGCUCUACAUCGAAGUAAAGGAGAAGCUCAAGAAGAAGUCCAAUUACACCCUCAACUUGCGGUGGUACUCCAAACUCAAUCCGGAGCCCGAAGGCUUCUAUGUGGACCAAUACGAGAGCUCCAAUGGUGUGGAAAGAUUACUAGCUGCCACAGUUUUCCGCCCGAAUGGUGCAAGACGAGCGUUUCCCUGUUUCGAUGAGCCGCACGUUCGGGCGCCAUUCCGCAUCUCCGUGUUCAGAGAUCGCUUCCACAUUGGUCUGUCUAACUCCAUAGUGCACACCACCGAGGACGUGGGCUUCUACAUGGGCACGGGACUGCUCCGUGAUGACUUUAUUGAGACGCCUCCGCUGCCCGCGGAUGCGGUGGCCUGGGUGGUGAGCGACUUCCAACGUGAAUCCCUGCAGCCUUCGGCGGCAUAUAUCCCCACGACACCAGCGCCACUGGGAACCGGAGUGGGUGGCAAAAAGUCCGCCCAGCUAAACAAUUAUACCCAGCUUAAGGGGAAAAACCCGCCGGUACGAAACAUCACUGCCCUGACCCAUUCCUUGAAUGUCAACCUGACGCCGCGCCAAAAUCUGACAAUUGUUCAACCAACGACGACGACAGCUUGGCCUGUAAAUCUCAAUGGGAAUGGAAAGCUAUCAAAUCUUACCUCGUUGUCACAGUCCACGGGAUCGUCGAUAAAGAGAGCUCCCUCGUACACCUUCUACGCACCCAGGGAUCUGCUUAUUCGCUCUUUCUUCAUCCUGCACACAUCAAGGGAUGUUCUGGAGUACUUGCAGACCUGGCUGGACAUCAGUUAUCCCCUCACAAAAGUGGACUUUGUGGCGCUGCCAUCGCUGGAUCGUAAUAUGAUCUCCUCGCUGGGAUUGGUUACCUUGAAAACCUCAUUCUUGACGGAUCCGAGUUCGAUUACCUCUGAACAAUAUCAGUUUAGUGCAUUACGGAUUGCCGAGGCGAUGGUGAGGCAGUUCUUUGGAGGAAUCACUUCCCGCAAAGUGCUCAAGGAUGUGUGGCUGUGGGAGGGACUGAUCCAGUACCUGGGAAUCCAUGCUUUGGCUCCACUUCAAGAGAGCUGGCCUUUGAGAGAGAUGUACCUUUUAAAGAUGGCAACUGCAGCAUUGGACAUAGAUGCAAUCCAAGGAUGGGAUAGCAUUAUGAAUGGCACCAGUCACGAUGGCAACAAUGAGGAGUUCUUUGUGCAGAAGACAGCCGCCAUAUUUUCCAUGUUGCACACGGCCAUCGGAGAGGAUCGUUUUAGGGGCUGCCUAGGCUCGUUCCUUAAGGUUAACCGUUUUAGGACCGCCGAACCCACAGACCUCUGGACCAUUUGUACAAAGAAGGCCAACGGUUCCAAGAAUAUCAAGGACAUGAUGACCUUAUGGACGCACCAGCCGGGUUUUCCGUUGCUUACUGUCACCAAAAUGGGCAACAGUAUCUCCAUCUCGCAAAGGCCCUUCCGACCAGCCGAGUUUCUAGCCAUCCACGAUGACUCCUACGAUGGGAAUAACUAUAAUAAGUCGGCGCUGAAUGCCACGGAUAUGCCAAGUACGGUGCCGCCCACAACGCAGGGUAGCAAACACAAGGCGGUGCCACAUAUGAAAUGGAUCUUCCCGGUCACAUAUGUAACAGAUAUCAACAACGUCAGCGAAACCCUCUGGAUGCAGAACGUAGAUGUAACCUUCAACGUUCCGGAGAACGUGAAAUGGAUCAAAGUGAAUGCUAUACAAAACGGCUAUUAUCGAGUUGUUUACAACGACGACAAUUGGGCGAGUCUCAUAGAGGAGUUGGCCACAAAUCCCAAUCGCUUCACCAGCGAGGAUCGUUUGGGUCUGUUGUCGGACGCCUUUACCCUCUGCCAUGCUAAUUUGCUGCCUUGCGAGAUCACCAUGAAUAUGAUCCAAUAUCUGCCCAGCGAAACGAACUAUGGACCUAUGGCUCUAGCGUUGAGGCAUCUGGAGAAAUGGCGACGCAUACUCAAGUAUUCGGAAUGCUUCCUCAUGCUCAGCGAGUUUAUCAAAAUGAAGAUCUCCACGGUAAUGGAGAAGGUGGGCUGGUCGGAUGACGGUGACGUGGCCACCAGGUUACUGCGACCCGAGGUGCUUUUGGCAUCGGUGCUGUGGGAGGACAUUGAUAGCAUCACCAAGGCAAAGAACAUGCUAAACCAGUAUCUGUACUACAAUGGUUCCGCUAUUCAACCAAAUCUUAGAGAGGUGGUUUACACCGGCUCUAUCCUGUCCGGGGAGUACAUUUACUGGCAGCAUUGCUGGGAGCGUUUCGUCAACCUCCAGCGCACCUCAGAGACUUUUGUGGAGCGGAUGCAGUUGCUCCGCGCCUUGGGAAGGACCAAGGAUGCCUGGCUGCAGAACCGCCUGCUUUCGCACGUGACAAUGCUACCCACCGAGGAGGUGGUGCAGGUGCUGAAAGCCAUUGCCGGCACGCCGACGGGUGGAGCCAUGGCCUGUCGCUUCCUGCAGGCCAAGUGGUUCGAGCUGGAGAAGCGGCUUGGUCCGGGCACGAUCAGCUUUGCCAAGGUUAUAUCGGCCAUCACCCAGUACGGGGCCACAAAGUUCGACUACGAUGAGCUCAAGUCGCUGGUGCAUCGCUUCGGCCGAGGUCACGGGAUGGCCGUGCUCAAUAUGACCUUGAGUAGCGUGGCCUCCAACGUGGAGUGGGUGGCCCGGUCACAGACGUCGCUCUACAAGUGGGUGGAGGGCAACCUGCACUCGCAUCGAUAGAGGAGAAGGACACAGUCACGGAGGUCCUCACACAGUUCUCUCUUCAGACUCAUUUGUAAUUAUGUUCCUCUCUCAGACACGAAUCUUAAGUGAGCUUUGAUUUCGCCGAGUUAACUAACACUAUGGAUCUAUACUCUUUACCAUAUCAUUGCCAGUUCGAUCGAUCUCCUUGGUUUUCUCGUAGCUGUCCUAUAAUUUUAGUAUUCAAAGUUAAUCCACUCAAUUGUAAAUUACGAUUGCUAUGAUCAAGCAGCUCUUAUAUAUGUGUAUAUCUAUACCAGUGGAGAAAACCUUUUCUAGCACAUACGAAUGUGUAUAUCUACAACUGAACAUAAGGAUCUAUCUAUAUAUGUAUAUUGUAUAUGUAUGUAUAUUUUACAAACCAAAAAAAAAAACCAAACAUAUUUAGAGCAAUGGAUAAUUGUAGAUGUAAGUGAAGAACAAAGAACAACAUAUUUUUUCAUAAAAACUUAAAUGAAACGAAACAAAAGAAGCCCCAUAAUCGAUAAACUAAAUCGCUAAUGAAUGCAUUCUAGUAACUGUAUAGCAUAUAUGUAUAAUAAUAGUAGUGAGCGGUGUGCUCGUGUGUUUUUCCGUGUAUGUGCGCAUCGAAAUAUCACUGAAAUCUUCCUUUUGCCCAUAAACAACAUUAAUGCCGAUUUAUACCCACGACUGCCUGACCAAAACCGAAAUAAAAUUAGCAUGAACAAGUUUAAAUCAAUUUUGCAGUAUGGAAGAACUUUAUAAUUUAUAUUAUUUAUUCAUUUUAAUAAAUAAAUCAUUAAUAGCUUCCAAACAAAAAAAUAUUCAUGUUAAAAAUCUAUAUAACUUGGUACUUUUGUUCGCAUAGUAUAUUGGCUCAUUACUUUUAAAUUUCAAAGCGUGAAAUGUGAUACCCCCAACUUGGGAUAACACAAAAAUUAAAAAUUUAUUUCAGCUAAUUAAAAUUGUUUCAUCAAGCAUUAUUUAAUUUAGUAAUCAGUAUAAAUAUCGCAAACCCAAUUAGCUUAAAAUCUGUUAACAAUAUUAUAUGGCUGCCAUAGUAAUUAACUAUCUUAAGCCAUUGAAUAUUAAGAAAAAAACAUAUAUGGUCAAAAGAGCAAAAUAUUGGCAGAAAGAAAAACGUAUGUGAAGUUAUUCCUUUUUUUAGACUCUUUUGUGGUCUAAGGUCAGGCAGGUAGAUAACGUAGGAAAUCGAGAUACGAAAUUACAUAUAGACAUACCAUAAUGUACAUACAUGGCGUACAUGCUGUAGUUCGCUAGAAGUCAAACAUAUUCAAACAAACACUUUUUAUUUCCGCACUCGCAUAAGACACAAAAAUUAACAGAUUACAAUGUUCCGAUUACUACGACUUGUGUCUAAUUAACAUUUUACCAUGUGUUUUUACCAUUUUACCAUAUCGCUGUUUAUCAUUUAAUUAGUUCUGGAACUUCUGCCCUAGAGAUAGCCAGGUUUUAAAGCCCGAGGUGAUUGAGUAAUCUGAGGGAAUCCGACGUUUUCUGCCACUUUAAAAUAGGUUCCGAUAGCACGCUGGUUUUGUCAUUAUAAACCAUAUAAACGUGUAUAAAUGUUGUGCCAUUGGCAGCGCACAGCGAUUAGAGGGGCCCAUGCGACAAGAUUAGCUUUCGAUGGGUCAGGUGCGUAGUUGGAGCAUAUUUUAAGGGGGAACACUUAAUUAAAAAUAUUUCUAAAAUCAUAGAAAAAAUUAAGAAGCAAUCGACCGAACUAAACCCAUACUUUUGUAAUCAAAGAAGUUAACAAUCCCUUUUGAACCACGCCUGAGAUAUCUCGAGCUGGAAAUGGUUAAUCAAAUUCCGGGUUAAACCUUCAACCAUUUUUGACUAUGCUAAUUCGCAAAUGUGUAUUUGCAUUAAUACAUUGGAGAUCUUUGAUUUCGUUUUGGGAAGAAUAGCUUGAUUUUAUCAGAUGUUAUAUAGAUGAGUACGGUUUGCUUGGCUGAGACACACUAAGACUAACUCAAAGAUACUCGACGUCAAUCGCUCAGAUACCCCGAAUUAUAUUCCAAAAAUAUAGAAACACAGAGAGAGAGAGAGAGAGAUAUAGAGAGAAAUACAAAAUACAAGCAACUUUAUUAGCAACAAAGUUAGAUCACAGAGAAAACACAAAAAACAAGUUUUGGAGCGAUUUUACGGAUUUUCGACAAAUGUAUAAGCCAAACAAGCAGCUUAAAAUGAAAAACGAAAACCAAACCAAAUAGAGAUAAUACAAAAAGAACACAGAAUACGACAGAUACUCAAAGCCUAGAGAAAAAAAAAAUAGGGGAAGAUUUAGAAAGUUUUACAGAUCAACUGACAUUAAAAACAUUGUUUUGGUUCCAACUGCUUUUGAUUUAAUCGUUAACCCAUUCAUCGUCUAAUUGUAUUGUACAAUGCAUAUCCGUCCACAGCUUUGAUUAUUUGACUUAAUUCAUUUGGAUUCCAUUUAGUUUUUCAAAAACCCUUACAUGUCCCUCCUUAACCUGUCCUAACCUUCAAUCGCGCUUUGUCCUGAAGUUCAAGAAUGGCCUUUUCUUAAUUCAAGGAUCAAAUACGAAUUCUAGUUAAUUUUAUUAGACGAAUUUUUUUUGCAAUUGGCAUGAAUUUAUAAGAAAUUAUUAAUUAUGCAUUGGCUAUCAGGUUUUAUAUAGAAAUUCGCGUAGGGAAAAUACAAAGUGUAUCUAGAAUGCAAUGGAAAGCAGGCAGAGCAACUCUAAAGACGUAAAUCUAAAUGUAUGCUAAUGAUAUAUACACAUCUAUAUAUAAAUAUAUAUUUACAUAAUUUAAUUUAAGUCAAAUGGGAAUAUUAAUAAAAACGAUAACUAAUCU